AUGCCGGAGAAGACCAUAUCCGACAGAGGGAGGGUCUUCAACAACAAGUUCCUACGGGCCCUGUACAAACGCCUUGGCAUUGACCCACACUUCUCAUCGGCGUACCACCCCCAGAGCGACGGACAAACGGAACGGGUCAACCCCUCUAUCGAACACUUCCUCAGGGCUUAUUCAGGGGUCAACCAACGGGACUGGGCUAAAUGGCUCCCUAUGGCGGAGUUCGCAUACAACAAUGCUGUACAUAGUAGCACGGGUAAAACCCCCUUCAAAGCAUUGUAUGGAUGGGAACCUACCUUAACCCCGUCCAACGUACCUACAGACGUCCCGGAAGCAGAUGACCUUGCCCAAACAAUGGAAACCCAAUGGAAGGAAGUGGAAUCCGCCCUCCGGCAAUCUAAGCAACAAAUGAUAGCCGGAGAAGAUGGGAGCCCAAUAGAAUUUGAAGUCGGAGAGGAGGCAUGGCUUGAUGCCAGGAACGUGAACCUCAAAACCCUGAGCCCAAAGCUAAUGGAGCAACGCUUAGGGCCGUUCAAGGUUACCGAAAGAAUCUCCAACCGCGCCUACCAACUUGAGCUACCUCCAACCAUGCGCAUCCACAACGUAUUCUACGUAGGGCUCCUGUCUAAAGUCAAAAGGGAUGAUAAGCGUGCCUUUGAAAAUCGCCCUCCACCGAUCACCGUGGAUGGAGAAGAAGAAUACGAGGUCGAAGGAAUCACGGACAUGGAAGAAAGGGACGGAAAAUGGUUCUUUAGGGUAAAAUGGAAGGGCUAUGGAUCAGAGGAGAACACUUGGGAACCAAGGGAAAACCUCAAGAACGCCAAAAAAAUCCUGAAAGAUUUUGAAAAAGAGAUGAAAAAGAAGGCCCUCGGCGCUGCCAAGGCCCUUAGAGGGGGGGCAGUGUUGUAG